CAACGCUCAAAAGAUACUGUGUGUGUGUAUAUAUAUAUAUGUAGAGAGAGAGAGAGAGAGAAAAUACAUAAACUCCUACAAGCUGCCGAUAAGGUAUAUAAGCCAUCCAUUGCAACAAUCUGUGCAUCCCCUUCCAUUUGAAGAAAUUCAUAUUCCCUCUUGAUCUUCAGCAAAAGAUUUCCUCUGUCAUAAAUUAAGUCUUCUUUUGCUUCACCAACAGAUAGAUUCUGUGCCACUUUGAGCCAUCUGCUAUCUUCUUGUCACUCUUUUAAUAUGAAAGCCAGAUCAUCAUCACAACAGUUCUUAAGAUUGGUGGCAGCAGCUUAACUAAGUCAUGACGGGCAAUGGGAUGGCCUUCUUCUCAGCAAAUUUCAUGCUUCAAACCCCUCACGAUCAUGACGAUCAUCAACCUCCCACUUCUCUCAAUCCAAUGUUGCCUUCCUGCACACCUCAAGAUUUUCAUGGUGUGGCAUCAUUUCUAGGAAAGCGAUCAGUGUCAUUUUCAGGGAUUGAAUUGGGUGAAGAAGCUCAUGGGGAAGAUGAUUUAUCAGAUGACGGGUCACAGGCAGGAGAGAAGAAGAGGAGGCUUAACAUGGAACAAGUGAAAACACUUGAGAAGAACUUUGAGUUGGGGAACAAGCUUGAGCCUGAGAGAAAAAUGCAGUUGGCCAGGGCUCUUGGCUUGCAGCCAAGACAGAUUGCUAUAUGGUUUCAGAACAGGAGGGCAAGGUGGAAGACAAAGCAAUUGGAGAAAGACUAUGAUGUCCUUAAGAGACAGUUUGAAGCAAUCAAAGCAGAUAAUGAUGCCCUCCAAGCUCAGAACCAAAAACUUCAGGCAGAGAUAUUGGCAUUGAAAAGUAGAGAACCAGCGGAAUCUAUCAAUCUCAACAAAGAGACAGAGGGCUCUUGCAGCAACAGAAGUGAAAACAACUCAGAUAUCAAGUUGGACAUUUCAAGAACGCCAGCUAUCGACAGCCCUCAAUCUACUCAUCCAAAUCCAACCAGCAGAACCCUCUUUUCAUCCUCUCUAAUAAGGCCGCCUUCUGGAGUGGCACAGCUCUUUCAAAACACAUCAAGGCCUGAAGUAAUCCAAUGCCAGAAGAUUGAUCAGAUGGUCAAAGAAGAAAGCUUGACCAACAUGUUCUGUGGCAUUGAUGAUCAGUCUGCAGGGUUUUGGCCAUGGUUAGAAACACAUCAAUUCAAUUGAGCCGAACCCACCAAAGUGUUAAAUUGAGCCAAACCAAGAUUACCAUGUUUCUAUAUUGAGUUUUUAAUUAAAAUAUUUCAUGUUUUGGUACUUAGAUUAAAUAUCAAGUUCGAUUUUCAAGUGGGGGCUGGAAAUCUUUAUGGAGGAAUUAAUAAAGGGGUAUGUUAUAUGUGUC